GUUCAUUCAUUGAAUUUUGUCCCUCUUCGCUUUCCCUAGUCACUCGCCGAAAAACUUUUUGUGUGAAGACCAACCGAGACAAGACCAACCUGUUGAAAGAAAAUGAGCUGUUCUAAGAGAUGACACAAGCAGAAGUUUGUGGAUCAGGCUUGAGCAUGGUGUCCCCACGGACCAGCAGGGACACAUUGGAGAGAAAUGUGCCUUCAAUACGUCUGGAGGAUGAUGUUGACCUCAGGGAAAUAUAUGAAUUUGGAAAGAAAUUGGGGCAAGGUAGCUUUGGAGUUGUUUAUGAAGCCACACACAUUGAGACACAGACAAAAUGGGCUAUUAAGGAGGUUUGCAGACCAGCGGCAGGAUGUUCGAAAGUCAAGAUGCUGGGGCAUGAAAUAAACAUUCUCAAACAAGUGAAUCAUGCUCACAUAAUACAUCUCGAGGAAGUCUACGACACAGCUAGGAUGACUUAUUUGGUUACUGAGCUGUGUGUUGGAGGUGAAUUGAAGCAGCUGUUGCAGCGGAAAAAGUUCUUUACAGAGGACGAGACGAGGCAUAUCAUCUGUAGCUUAGCUGACGCUGUUGUCUACCUUCACAAAAGAGACAUAGUGCACCGGGACUUGAAACUUGAGAACAUUCUUGUGAAAAAUUCUCCAGAUGAGGAUGAUAAUAGCAGGAUUAAUAUCAAGGUGACAGACUUUGGAUUAUCGGUGCAGACAGGUGGUGUAGGGAUUGAGAACAUAAUGACGGAGGCGUGUGGGACUCUUAUCUAUAUGGCACCUGAAAUGAUGAGCGGCCGUGGUUACAGCCAGUGGUGUGAUGUGUGGAGCAUAGGAGUCGUUAUGUAUAUGCUGCUGUGUGGGGAGCCUCCGUUUGUGUCCAAAACAAAGGCAAACCUACUUCAGGAGAUUAUGAACAAAGAAAUCAGUUUUACUCAACCCAUCUGGGCCACAGUCAGUGAUACAGCAAAAAAUCUAUUGACUUGCCUUCUGAAGGUGGACCCUGCCUACCGCAUGUCCGCUAAUCAGCUACUAGAAAACCCAUGGAUUACAGGUGACACUAAUGUGCCAGCUAUACCGUCCAAUGUGCUGGAGAUGAUGCGUCAACACCUGGAACAGGAAGAGAGAACACAGACUCUAGAGGACGUGUCCCUCACCUCUUCUGAGGACACACUGAACCCAUCUCCGGUCCCCAGGGCAGAUUCCACAGAAACCGACAGCAACUGCAGGAGCCACGCUAAGCUCAGCCCUGAGACAGACAGCAGCUUCUGCACACCUGCCACAUCCACCAAGCCGACUAAAGAGAGUGGUGGCAGCCUCCAGCAGGACAAGUGCAAAAAUGGCUUUGAAACCCUGGGACUUCCUCAUCCCAUCACCACACAGUCGCAUGCCGGUGUGAAACCCUCCACACAGCUGAGUGCAAAGCAGCGCAGGCCUCGGGACAAAAAGGAUGUCAGUACUGGACAGAAAUCAGCCUCUGACCACAGUAAGGCAGACGACCAGAAACCUUCUACCUCCAUUAAAAGUAGGACUGGCCUACGCAAACCUCCAGCCGGCUCUAAGACCAAUAACCCUUCAGAAUAAAAGUAACUUGGGAAAGAGUGAAAGAGAACACACAAGCGGGUGGGAAAGAGAGUGAGUACCCAAGAGAGAACUUUAUUUGAUAUACACUUUAUUUAAUGUGAUUCUGGUUAUUUUAUGUAAUUCUGUGAUUUAACAGUGAUGUGAAUGAAACUACUGUGAAUGGUUCAACCUAAGAGUAAGUAUUGAGACUAAGCAGUGACAGCAGUGUCAAAUAAAUUGGCGUCAUAUGCAGGCGUGAAAAUAGUACAAGAAGUCCAAGACCACUGUAGCUGAGGAUCCAGCCUCAGCAGUGCCUCGUGCCAAAGGAAAGGGACCUGGAUGGGGCAAAACUGCUGGACAAAUGCUUGCUGUUACACCGCCAACUGUUUGAGAACGUCAAGCAGCCCAACUAGAGACUCACACUUUUUAUAGUGGCCAGCAAACACAGAGAAUUUGUCAGAUAUUAGUGUGGCAUCUGAUUGAAGGCUAUUUAUUAUAAAGCAGCAAUCUACAGUUAGUCGAGGUAAAGAGAGCCACCCAGGAGAUUUGAGCACUGCACAGCUCAUUCCUUAAUAAAACUGUUAUUUAGUAAUUUAUUUACUACCUAGCAGCAUCAUUAUUAAUGUCAUCUCAUUAUUUAUAUACACUGUGAAAAUAAUGCCUUUUCCAUAUAGAAGGUUUUAGUCACUAAUUAAAAAUAAUCUCUUAUGUAAAAAGUGAAUGUUAAUUUAUUACAUUGGGAAAAAAUAAUUAUUGGCUAGAGGUCAACAGGGAUGUAAUAAUCUGGUCAGAGAAUAUUUUCAAAAUCCAAAUAGACAUAUUUUUGAAAAGAAAUGUACAAAUUGAUUCCCACAAAAUUUGACAUUAGCAUUUGCCAGAAAUGUGUGAUUACAACUUGAAGCUAUCUUUAAACCAGUAACAGUAGCCAGGGGAUAUUUCAAAUAUAUAGGGUAUACAGUAUGUGUAUGUGUGUGUGUGUGUGUGUGUGUGUGUGUUUAUAUUCUUUUUAAGAAUAAGACUUAAAAUGUGCCAAAUAUCAUAAAACACAGAACUGUUGCACAGCAAUUUUGCAUAUUUUAUUUUCAAUAAAAUGACUAAAUAUUUUUUUAAAAUGUUUUUAUAAUUACAUAUUAAAUUGUAGAGAAUACUCAUAAAGAGUACAGGAGGUUUUACUGGAUAUCAUUCCACAACACCAAAGUUAGCAAUAGGGAUUUUCUUUUUUCUGUUCUGACCUCUCAAUUCCAAAACGCCCUAUAUGCAGUGACUGCACCCACUCAGUGUCAAAACAGAAAGACUGUCACACAGGCUGGUUACGCUCCAUCUGAAUGCAGAGGAUUGGGACUAAGGGCAGCCACGGGUCUAAUCUCGUUUGGAGGCCAUUGAAAGCAGUAGGAGCUACUUUGAGGGCACUGCCAUUCAAGCACAGGUUUUUCCGCUGUAGAGAGAAUAAUCCCCAGCAUAGAUACAACAUUAAAGUAGCCAAGCAUAACACACAGAGGCUGAAUUUCAAAUCCACCCAUUUGCAUCUUGAAGUGAAUGAGUGCCAACAAUGGGUCUCAUGCAUAGGCUCUGUGUUUUAGUGUGUAUGUGUAAAUGUAGUGUGCAUUUGUUGAAACUGCUUUAAAAAGGUAUUUCUACAUUGAAAGGAAGAGGUAAUUGUCUUAAAAGUGUGGACACAGUAUGUUUAGCGUUAUUAAAAUUCUGUCCAGGUAGACAUACUGAUCUCGGGUGAUGUUUCUUAACCUAGUGAGUAGAUAUGCAAAACAGUUUUUCACUGUCUUUUGUUAGAUUUAUUUUUAAUAAAACAGACAGUUUAUGACAAUGAACAAAUGGCACGUGAAUUCUCUUUGAUUCAAGCUGCUUGCCAAAAAGACUGCAACAUUACCGCAUCAUUAUUGACAUACCGUAUGCCUUUGGUUUACUCAGACUGGUAUAAACAGCAGAUGGAGCUGUAGUAAGUUGCUGAAUUCAUUACCUGGAGUUAAUCUGACAGGAGAGUGCUAUCCCUAAAGCUCACUACCUAGUUUGGUGCAUGAAGAUGUGUAAUUAGAAUUGAUUGCUGAGUCACUGCCCAUUAAAACUGUGAUGUCCAUGUAAUGUGUCACUAAUUAAUAUGUUGUAUGGUUAUGUCUUGAUGGCCCAUUCAUAGUAAAUGGUUAAGACAUGCUUCUUUUUGGGUGAUGUCUUAUUCACAAAAUGUGAUUUUGUUGAUAGAUAAUUUGAGAAAUAAAAAACAAAAACACUCAACAA